UUUGUAUGAUAGUUAUUCACGGAAUUGAGGUUUGACAAUUUAUUCGGAUCUAGUAUUUCAAGUUUAAACGCAUUUUUUUUUCAAAAUUUAGGUCAAAAUUAACUGAUUUGUCAAAAAUAUUUUUAAAACAUUUGAAGUUUUUUUAAUUACCAAAACCGAGAAAACAAAAAAUAUUAUAGUUAUUCUUCAUCUUCCUUCACUUCUUACAUCACUGUGUAGUGGUCGAGAUCAUGUAGUGAGUGAGACGCGCAUGCCUAUGUUCAAAGUAGAAAAAAGAGGGUUUGGUGAGCUCCUGCUGGGCGCCGAGAGAACCAUUGUCUUUUUCAUAGCAGUGCAGUGUGGAUGUGUGUGCCUGAGCUCCCGAUUUUUCGUUCUUCAACGGAUUUUUUCUCGCCGGAUUUUCGAGUGGGUGUUUCCCGUCUUUCCCUCCUGAAUCAACAAGGUAAGGUAACCAUUUUUUACGAGGGUGGGCAGUUUUUCCACGUAAGAAGGAUGUUUUUGCCACAAGAAAAAUAACAGUAAAAUAAAAUCUCUGAGCAACCUUGAAUAGGUACGGGAAUUGGUGCCUAUACGGCCCAAAUAAAAUCCCGAGGUGUUCCUAUACGGCCCUCACCUAGAUUCUAAUUAGAAUUAUUAUGUCGCAGAAUUAUGACAACCCCAAGAGCAUCCUGGGAUCUUAAUUUAUCAGAUGAAUCUGAUAAUGAAGUUGAGAAUACGGCAAAUGUGAAUUCUGAGGCGAAUGCUUUUGCAAAUUUGUUCAAUGGAUCAGGCGAGAAGGGAAUUGAUAAUGUGGCCCCUUUGGAUAGUGAAAUUCAAGAUUUGUUAAGGGAUGUGGAGAAAUCAAUUGAAUUUGGGCCGGAGAUAAUGGCUGAAGUUGCUGAGGGCUUUAAUAAAACAAUGUGUCGUCCACUAUCAAAAGAGACCUCAGACAAUUUGAAAAAUAAUUUCAAGAUCCCAAUCAAUUGUAAACCGUUUGUUAUUCCAAAAAUGAAUCAAGAGAUUUGGUCACACCUCCCAGGGCCGGCUCGUUUUAUCGAUUUAAAUAUGCAACAAAAUCAAUUCUCCCUUGGAAUUGGACUCAAUGCUUUGGCACAAAUUGCAAAUGAAGUUGCGAAAAAUGCAAGCAAUAUACCAAAAGAGGUGAAGAUUUCCAUUCUUAAACUUGCAAUUGACGGGGGAAAUAUUUUGGGUGACCAAAUCCAAUCAAUUUCCAAAAAGAGACGACUUGAAGUAAAAAAGCACAUUAACUCUGAAUACCACGGGAUAUGUAACUCGCAGAUUCCAGUCUCAGAAUUUCUCUUCGGUUCCGAUCUGAACGAAACCUUAAAAGCUUCCAAAACUGCAUCCAAUGUUAUUCGCAAGUCAUUUACUCGUCAAGGACAGAACCAACGUCCCCAGCCUUAUUUUAAUCCUCGCAGUUCUUUAAACUUGAAUCGCCCAAGGCUCUUCACUCCCCAGAGGCAGCAGUUCGGGCAGCAACAGAGGGGAGGAAUGUUUCCACGUCGACGUUGGCAAACAAAAAACUUUCUUCAACAAUCAACUCCACAUUAUCAAAACCAGAGGAAGUAGCAAGUCAUCAAGCUAAUAAAAAUCAGGCAGGUCAACUAAAAUAUUUUGUUAAUGAGUGGCAAAAAAUUACUAAGGAUAGGUUUGUGUUAAGAACCAUUCAGGGAUAUAAAAUUCCAUUCGAAUCUGAGCCACAACAAUUAUCUGAGCCUAAUAAUCCACAGAUGAGUGAAACAGAGUCCAAAUUUAUUAAUGAUGCGAUUUCGGAAUUAGUUAUAAGUAGCGCAAUCAAAAUUUCUGAAGAAGAAGCUGGACAAUUUAUUUCACCAGUCUUCACAGUUGCCAAAUCAGACGGGGGCCGUCGAUUUGUUUUAAAUUUAAAGAAACUUAAUACUUUUAUUUUUGCACCGCACUUUAAAUUAGAAGAUAUUAGAAUGGCAAAACAGUUAGUUAGUCCAGGGUGCUACAUGACGGUGAUUGAUCAGAAAGAUGCUUACUAUAUGAUCCCAAUAGCUCUCGAAUCUCAAAAGUAUUUAAAGUUUCGAUGGAAUGGCGUCCUGUACGCAUACACUUGUCUUUGUUUUGGUUUGAAUUUGGCCCCCUGGUUAUUCACAAAAAUUAUGAAGCCAGUUCUAGCUUAUUUACGAUCAAGGGGAUUUCAAAACGUGAGCUAUUUAGACGAUUUAUUAACAAUAGGAAGAACUUUAGAAGCUUGUCUUGUCAACCUUCAGUUCACAAUUAAAUUAUUUGAAGAGCUAGGAAUCAGAAUAAAUUUUAAAAAGUCUCAAUUAAUUCCUUCUCGUGAAGUUAAAUUUUUAGGAUUUGUAAUUUGUUCAAUUGAUAUGAACUUAACCCUUCCGAUAUCAAAGAAAAACAACCUUGUACAAAAAAUAAUUAAGUAUUUGUCUUCCAAUUGUAACACAAUUCAUAAGUUAGCUGAAAUAAUUGGUAUUUUGAUUUCUGUCUGUCCAGCUGUGAAGUAUGGUCAGCUUUACACACGACAAUUAGAGAUUGAAAAAA